AUGACCAUUCUUCGCCUUGCCCAUCUCGACCUUGAAGGCCUUGUCCUUGACCGCGAAGUUCGUCUUCUCCGUGACCAAUUUGUCACUAUUACUUGGUCUAAAAUCCUCUACAACGGGUUGUAUUUCUCUCCUGAACGCAAGUUCAUCGAGCAGAGUAUCAUUGCCAGCCAAGACGAUGUCAACGGCCAGGUCAGACUUCGCUGUUACAAGGGCUCAGUCAGUGUUUUGGGACGAAGCUCCGAGACGAGCAAGCUCUAUAGCCCUGAGCAGAGCAGCAUGGACAGUCUCGAAGACUUCCAACCGACAGAUACCACCGGAUUUAUCGCUACCCAGGCCAUCCGUUUGAAGGCAUAUGGCAACGCUGAAGCCGCCGCUGGCAUCGAUCUUAGUAAGUCCUAG